AUGUCCAAAUGCACGUAUAGUAGGGCUUGGGAAAUGGCAGCUCCUACCUAUUUUGAAGGUCACCCAAUGCGGGAGACAGCCCCGCGAGUUCAGAGUAGUCAGUGCACUUCCCAAGCUCUGACUUUCCCUGCUGAACCAGGCGGUUCCCGAAGUAGUAGCCAUGCAUCGCAGGAGGUGAAAUCUCGUCGGUUUGUGUCCCUCGAAGGCACAUCGGAUGUGACGUGUGCGCUUCAAAGAUCCCGUGUGACUGCCUCGUCCACGCAAGGCCCACAGACCUCUUCUGACACAGCCUCUCCUUUGGUUCGCCCGGCGGCGGAGGGCGACACCGCGUUCAAUCCCCUGAACCGCUCCUUUAGUUUCUCCACGUCGCCUCUGGAAUGCCGGAAAUUUCCCGCGUUCUUUUCACUUACGGACGGCGAAUCGCUCGCAGACUCCGCGGAGCCUUCGCCUUCCGCCUCACAUCGGGAUGACGACAGCGAGCGCGACGACUUCCUCGGAUCGACGCCGUAUUGUCCCUCCGCGCGGCUCUCCUCACCGUGCGCAACACUAGGAGAGGAGGCAACGGCCUCACGAGACAACUCGCCAUGGUUUGGCGGCCUCGACGAGGACCAAGAUACGAGCAGGAGUGCCUCUCUAGCCCUCGUGGAUCUGGGAAAAACACUCACGAAGGACUCCUGGGAUUUCGAAGCGCGAGGCGGGUCGCCUGCAACGGUCCUCGCGGUUCGAGACAUUGAGCGCCUUGCAGGCGCGGCCAGGCACCACCUCUCGCUCGUCAAAAAGGCAGGAUCGGAUGAAGGAAGGGGCUGGGCUGCAGCGUUGCACAGUGUGCAUGCCCUUCACAGAAUCCACUCUACGGCGUCCGCUGGGGGGCGACCCGCUGCUCCAGGAUCGCCCGAGGCCACAGCUGAGCUCUUCGAGGAUCUCCUGCAGACGCUUGAGGCGGCAGGCGAGACGCUGCUGCAAAUGGAAAAGCAGGUGGCUCACCACGUACGGCGCGCCGAGAUGUUCAGUGCGAGACUAGAAAAAGCUGUCGCCCAUAAUGACAGCCUGUAUGCCGAGUCCGAACAACUCGAGCGUCGCCUCAGAGACGCGAGGGGAGAGGUUGAGGCCCUGCGGAGUCGGUGUGUGGCGCUGGAAAAGAAACCCGACUACCGCGAGCGCUUCCUUCAAAGCGAACAAGAUCGCGCAGCUCUCGAGCGGCAGGUGAAGGGCCUGCGGGCGCAAUUGGAGGACGUCCGUGUGGGAGCACAGAGGCAGCAGCGCCGGAAUGAAGAAAUCAUGGAGGAGGUGACGGGGAUAAAAAAGCGCCUGCAGGAGAGAGAAGAACAGCUGCUGGUGACCAAACGAAGCUUGAAGGGCGUGAUGAAGAAUUAUUGGCACGCGCAGGAAGCUUCUGUGGCGGCUCAGGCCCUCGACAAGAGUAAAAGUCGUUCGUUCUUCCUCAGUGGCGGACAGCGCCCGCCUCCCCUUCACGCGUCGUCGCUGGCCUCUUCGGGAGCCGAAGUUGCUUCGUUGGAAGGCGGGUCGCCGCCUGCGUCGUCGGCAGCGGGUCCCCAGAAGUGUCAGAAGUGCGGGCACGUGUCUAUGCCUCUCUUGAACGUCGAAGGCCUGCGACCCGUGGGAGCCCCCUCUGCCACCCGCGACCAGCGGGGCGGCGGCAGCUCAAAGGAGCCCGUCGGAGCCGGAAGCGAGGGCGGCGCCGAGAACGCACGGAAGGUCAGUCGCCGAAAGAUGGGCGUCGAUGAAUGUCUCGCCUCUUUCGCUUCGUUCUCAACCGCCGUAGACUCCGCGCGAGGGGGGGGGCCGUCGUCGCACGGCGUAGAGCAGCCGUUCCGCGGCGAGGGGGGCGUCGCCCGCCGGGGUGAAGGGCCGCGGGAAGGAGAGGGCCAAGGAGACCCUGCGAGGCGCCCCGGCGGGGGCCGUCGCAACCCGUCACGUGUGACCGGACCAGAGGAGGCCGAGGAACUCGCGCGGCAGAUCACCUCCUCGUCCUCAGUCUCUUGUGGGUCGUUCUUUCCGUGCGAAGACGCCUCCCGCGACUCGAAGAAGAAAGAGGCUGGGGACGACGAAUGCACUUCCCCCCCCGAGGAGUCCCCUCAGUCUCUGUCUGGGGGCCUCUGCUGCGGCUGCUGGCGCGAGAAUGCGCGGCUCAGGAGGGAUGAUGGCGAAUGUGCGGAGAUACCCCCCCUGGCCGUCUCGCUUUCCCCCCCGGCUGGUUCAUCGCCUGUCUUCACGCCCGCCGUGUCCCUCCGGGCCUCGCUGCCCCCUCCCUCGAGCCCCUCCGCACACGCGCCGAAAGUCGUGCCGCUCUCUCGGCGCUACGGCUCAGUGGCUAACGCUCGAGGGGAGUCGGCGUGGAGACGUCUCGCGCGUCGCUCCUCGCUUCUGCCGUCGUAUUCGUCUGCCUGUUCGUUGCCUUCGGCGCCCUCCAUGAUCUUGCCUGAGCCCGGGCGCGCGUCCGUCCUUUCUGCUUUUGCUUCCGCGACUCUCUCCUCUUUUCCGCAAGCGGUGCAUCUGCGAGGCGAGCAGCCGUCGCCGCCCUUCCAGCAGGGGGUCAGCAGAUCUCCUGGCGAUAUUGCGGAGGCGGGCGAUGCGGCUUCUGGGCGCGAGGGCGGCCUGUUUGCAGAGGCCGCACCUCUUGCGUCGCCAGCGUACUGCACAGACCGAAACCAGACUGGGGACGCGCCCCGAGAGCCUUUGCUCAGGCCGUCGAUGUUUGAAGAGUUGCUGCAGAUGGGUCACUCGCUGACUGCGGAGGAAGAGAAGCUGAAGCGGACUCUGGACGAUCUCCUCUCUGCGGUCGCCGCGUCGCCGGUGUCGUUGGAAGACCUGGCCUCGAAGCAGCUCUCGAAAGACUGCUUGCUCAAGAUUCUAAAGCUGCGGCAGCAGAACGCAGCGAAGAAUAAACUGUCCACAACGUGCGCCGGCGGCUUCUUCUCACCCGUCUUGUAUCCCCUCUUCUCGGUCGUCUUCAACCCCCAGAAGGCCCUCCACAGCAGCAGGCCGCGGCCGACUCAUCGGCAGCUUCUCCUGGAGACGCUCAAGUCGCUUCCAACGACACUUGUGCGGUGCCUGGUCCCGGCAGCCUACAGGAGCGACGACGAGGAGACGAUGCUGAGAGCGGAAGCGGAGCUUCGCGGGAGCGCCAGAAGCCGGAGAUCUCUCUCGAGCAAAUCUGGAGCGGCAAACGACGACGUCGCACUCUCCUCGGCCUUGUCUCUCUUGUCUCUGCUCCCGGGCGGCGCCGUCUGGUGCGUCGUGAAGGCCUCAGCAGCGCAGCUCAUCGAGUGCUGCGAGCGUUUCUUUGCCGUGAAUCUGGAGAGAAAGCUGGAGACACACAGUCCGACUGAAAAGCAAAACGCCUCUCCUUUCCAAAAGACAGAGACGUCGUCAAACUCGCUCGCGGUCGGCGCGGAGGCCUCUGGGCCUGAGGCAGACUAUUUGUCGCGGAAAGGCGAGGAAGGAAAACGGCACAGACGCCCGCGCGUCACUCUGAGCGAGAGCGACCUUUCGCUUCCCUCUGAGUGGGUUCAGGUGGCAGCCCCCGCUGUGCUCGGUGCUGUAAUGACGGCCCUUGGCGCUGCAACCUUUUUUCCCGCAUUGCGUUCGUCCCUUCCUCACUCGUUCGCCUCAGACGUGCUGGGUCCCCGACUUGGCGUCGAGCCCUCCUCACCUAGCACCGCAUCGGCGGCGGCCCUCGACCCGCGCGUAUGCUUGGGAUCUUUCGCGCUGUAG